AUGGCUCAAAUUAGCUUCCCUAACCAUGACCUAUAUAAGGUCCUCGGCGUUGAGACUAACGCUAGUUUAGAGGACAUCAAGAAAGCCUACCGAGAACUCGCAAGAAAGGUCCACCCAGAUAAGGCAGAAGGUGGAAACACACCGGAGAACAACGCGCGAUUUCAGCAGGUUUCGGAGGCGUGGGAGAUUCUCCGUGACGAGGUUCUAAGACGUGAGUACGAUAUUCAUCGUGAAAGCGCCGAGGAUCUUGGUCAUGACAGUGAUACAGGUUCAAAGCGUCGUAGUCGGAAGGAGCGCAGCGGUAGCUACGAAGCGAAGCCUAAUCAUCGCGGGAAGCCUUACUUCGAGGAAUGGGGGCAUGAUAAGCCUAACGGUCCUGAUGAGACCCGUGGUUCAAGAGCGCAUGGGGCUAGACGACGAUCUAAGACCUAUACACACUCUUCAACCCCACACGACAUGCCGUCCCCCUUCGAGAGGCCCGGUACGACGCCGGAGCCACAACCAGUUCCCGGCUCAAACCAACAUAGAGCCCACGACCCAAGAGGCCCGCCGCCUCCCUCUGUCAAUCUUGCAGACCGCUUAACUGCUAUGCGUAUUAGAGUUGAUAUGAGGUCGCUCUAUACUGAUCUCGACGCCAUAGCCAAGGAAAUCCAGUACCUCGCGACAGGCUUCCAUUCGACGCCGUUCAACACCUCGGACAAAGAGCAACGCCGUUGGAGCAAGCUCUUCAACGAUGCCAGUAGCACUCUUAACGUCGUCGACGACAUGUACGAUGAUCUGGACGUUUGGGUGGAUCAUAUCGAAACCGGAAAAGGAACGUCACGAUCAGCAGCUUGCCACCUACCUGCACAAUUUGCCUAUAUCUCCGCUAUCGCUACCAUAAUGAAAUACGCCGCUACGGCCUGUGUCACCUUUCAGGGGCUAAUUCUGAGCUGUCCUUACGACCCUCCACAGCAGUACUUCGACGACCUGGAAGAACGAAUGAGGAUUAUGAUCACAGCCUGUGGAUCACCGCAGCAGAAACAAAAUUAG